CGUGAAAACUUCAUCCAACAAAGGCCCUAACUUCAAGGCUCAAACUUUCAACAACCGUACCAAUCACAAGGUGCCCUAGGGUUUCAACAACAACAACAACCCGACAAGCUAUCCAAGCUUGAAGACCUAGUGAACACCUUUGUGAGUACGAGUAGCCAAAAGUUUGAGAAGAUAGAGUAAUUCAUGGAUGUGGCGACUACCAAGUUUACCUUGGUUGAAUGAGAGGAAGGCGGCAAGGAAGGCAUUUCCGGUGGAUGGAUACACACCACCUCUUCCUUAUCCCACAAGGAUGUACAAGGAGAGGUUAUAGAACGAGUGUGGAGGUUUCAUGGAAAUGCUCCGCAACCUCCACCUCAACAUCUCGUUCCUUGAGCCACGAUAUUCCAAGCACCUCAGGGGAUUCCUCACCAAAAAUCCCUACAAACUUUUCAAAAAGUUAGAAGUAGGUGAACUUAAUACCUCUACGCUUAGCAUCACCUUAGCCGACCGUUUGUUCAUUAUCUCAAGAGGAAUAGUGAAGGACAUGAUGGUGAGAGUGGGCAAGAUUUGCUAUCCGACCGAUUUCGUGAUUCUCAACAUAAGCGAGGACUCGGAUAUGCCCCUCAUCCUCGGUCGUCCCUUUAUUGCAACCGCCAAGGCAUUAUUAGACGUUAAUGAGGGGACCCUAAUUUUGAGGGAUGGUAAGGAGAGAAUCAAGCUUGAAAUUGAUCCUAGGGUUAGGAGUGAUGAAGUGAAGGGAGUAGUUUCAUAUGAUGUGAAUGAGAGUGGAGGAGAGAGUAGUGAAUUGGUUGUGCGAGAGUCAGUCAAUUCAUUGCUUUGUACUGGAAUUCAUUCCAAGUAGUGAAGAUCUGUGUUAAUUGCCUUAGCAUUCUAUCCCGGUGAAGGCUAAUCGUCUGCUGAAUAGUCUGUCUAAGAGGGCUUGGUCAGCUUAAGAGAUUCCAAGCUAUUUUCGGAUCUUCCGCAGUGUAAUCAACAGUGAAUCAACCAAAAGAAAUUUUAACUUGGACCUAAUUGAGGAGCUAGGGGGAAUCAUACCUGGGUGAGUUCCCAACCUGUAAUUAGUAGUUUAACCUAAUUUAGUUAGUAGAUUAGUUUAGAAAAUUAAUCAUAAAUCUGGUUUGCUAGAUAAUGAACUGAAGCUGAGUAAUAGUAACUCUAGAGACCCAUGGAUUCAAUAUUAUACUUGUGCCACUAUACUGCAGUCCCUUUCAUUGGUUACACUUGGCCAUUGUUAGGAGUUGUGUCGUAAUCAUUAAUCUGGUUUGCUAAAUAAUGAACUGAAGUUGAGUAAUAGUAACUCUAGAGACCCAUGGAUUCAAUAUUAUACUUGUGCCACUAUACUGCAGUCCCUUUCAUUGGUUACACUUGGCCAUUGUUAGGAGUUGUGUCAUAACAUGUCAAGUUUUUGGCGCCGUUGCCGGGGAAUUUCUAGAUUAUUAGGACAGGCAGAAGUCUAUUACUUUAGCGUUUUUUUCUUUUCCACCCUUGCUUUUCACUUGGGUGUUUUGUUUUUGUUGGUGCAAAUCAGAAACAUGGAUCAUCAUGGCUUCGCCAACCAUUGGGGGUAUCAACGAGGAGACCACUAUGGAUUCGGGUAUCAGUACCAACCCCCCUACUACGAAGAACAAUCAGACCCCUAGGCAUUUCAAGAACAAUCUCCUUAUCAAGAAGAAUUCCUCCCACAAACAGAAGAGUCAUCGGAGCUGGAGUUAUCCGUGGCGGCCUUUACAGGCCAUCCGACAGAGCCAUGCUACACUCCACAGCCAGAUCCAAACUAUCACUUGAGGCUUCUCAUGGAGCAGAUUGCUCCAGUACCUGAGAGAUCCUUUCUCGAGAUGGAUCUUCACAUCCGACCAUUGCCCAAAUUUAGUUAUCCAACCGUGAAACAGAGGAGACCCUCCAGAACAUAGAGAAGCAGAUAGAGGGCAUUGAGCAAGCUUGUGCACGACUUGCUCAAGACAACCUUUCUUCUACCAUACAAGAAGAGGAGGAGGAUGAAAAAGUUCACGAGGACAUUGUGGAGCAUAAAUAAGUUGUCAAGAAGAGCUCUCGUGAUGAUCAUGAUCAGGAAUGUCCUUGUACCCGACCACACCUUUCCACAUCCCACAUCGAACUUUGAAGAGGUGGGCAUGAGUGAGGAGAUGCGAGAUGAUCUCAUCAAAGAAAUUGCUUGGCGACUUGCUCUCCAAUCCAUGAUGGAAGAAUAAGGGGGGUUGAUGAAGCAAUUGGCAUCCUGAGAACGAAGUUGAGGUGGAAGAGACUUGCACUAGCUAUGAGUUACAUGUGGUAUCUCCACCAAACUUCGAGGAGCUGCUUGGCAAGGACCCAUUUGCAGUUCUCUUUUUCAGACCAAGGCCACAUCAACAUUGGUCCCUCUUGGUGGAUACGGUGGUCGUCAGUCGAUGCUGGUAUAUCUGGUUUGGGGUAAUGAGAUGAGAUAAGAGAAGAAGAGGUCUCAAGGGUGGAGACUUCAUCUGCAUCAAAUGCACGAGCCUUCAUCACCUGUCAUACCACAUGCUCGUGACUUGAGACUAUACCUCAUUGACGAGAACCUCAACUUCAAAGAGGUUUUGGGGUGGACCUAAGCUUAGGAGCCAUCGUCCGGCUCACGACGUAAAAGCGCUUGUUGGGAGGCAACCCAACCGGUCAGUUUGCAUUUCCUUCCUAUUUCUCUUCGGUUGAGUCAGUUUUGUUCUUUGAUUUUAGAGUCAAUAACUCAACCUUUGUGAG